GAAAACCGGAAACUCGGUCAUUUUCCCGGCAGCUUGAUGGUGGAGUAGCAGGUUCACCAGCUUGUUCAAGAUGACAGAAAUGGGAUUCACGGUUCGAUUGUCGUUGCUCGGCCUCCUGUGCCUGCAGCUCGGCAGAGCUCCAGCCCGCAGCCUCCGCACGGCGGACCAGGUGUCAGAAGCCGACAUCCAGCGGCUGCUGCACGGCGUCAUGGAGCAGCUGGGCAUCGCUCGGCCUCGGGUGGAGUACCCCGCGCAUCAGGCCACAAACAUCAUUGGGCCUCAGAGCAUACAGGGCGGUGCUCACGAAGGGCUGCAGCACCUCGGCCCUUACGGGAACAUCCCCAACAUUGUGGCUGAGCUGACAGGUGACAAUGUUCCCAAAGACUUCAGCGACGAUCACAGCUACCCAGACCCCCCAAACCCCUGUCCUCUUGGAAAGUCAGCAGCAGAUGGAUGCUUGGAAAAUGUUCCUGACACGGCUGAAUUCAGCAAAGAGUUUCAAAAGCACCAGCACCUGUUCGACCCCGAGCAUGACUACCCGGCUCUGGCAAAGUGGAACAAGGAGCUUUUGUACCAAAAACUGAAGGGAGGACCAAAAAGAAGAAAAAGGAGCGUUAACCCUUAUUUACUGGGUCAGAGGCUCGCCGACGUGGUCGCCAAGAAAUCCGUUCCCCACUUCUCAGAGGAAGAGGACGUGCCGAGCAGCCCGUCUCCCAGCAAACAAACAACCUAAACCCAUCCUAACUGGAACCCGGAUGUGAUAAAAGCUCUUUACACUAAGGGUUUACACCAAUAGCUGAGAGGGACGGCAUCUUUGUGUUGAAUGUGGUCAUUAUUUAUCAGAAGAAAAGCUCAGGUCCUGGUGUGUACAUAGAGCACAUUCUACUCUGUGUCGUUGUUUUUAGACAUUUUUAACGACCCGAAACAGCUUUGUUAACUCGGUGGCUCUUUGAUUUGAUUUCCUGAACUUUUAAAUGACUUGCUCUAAUUAAAAAUCCAUAUUGAACCCGUAAUAUUGAAAGGUGUGGUGUACACCACUUAUUCGGCAGUGUAGGCUACUGUAAAUCUAACGGUUUAUUCUAUAAAUAAGUAUUUAGAGGAAUGUUUCAUGGCUGCACAGACAUCAUUUCCUUCAUACUCUAGUUUGUGAGCACUAAUAUGUCAUGUCUCAUGUUUGUGGAAACUAAGUCUAGCUUUAUGACUGUGAGCUUAUGUUGGGAGUCUGCAAGCUGCACCAGCUCAUAUCUGGCUUACAUCUUAUUUUUUCUGUUACUCCUUGAAGUCAAAUAAAAGAUUUAUCUGCAUUCACAAA